AUGCUGCAGCAAAUUUUGCGUGACAUGUAUAUUGACCCUGAGCUCCUGGCAGAGCUGAACGAAGAGCAGAAGCAGAUCUUAUUCUACAAGAUGAGAGAAGAGCAGCUGAGGCGCUGGAGGGAAAGGGAAGAAAAAGCCCGAAUGGAGGAGGCUGUGCUGAGAAAGACAGCAAGGCGCAACCAGAGUAACGGCAAGCGCGUGCAGUGGCUGCGGGGCCAGGACGGUGAGGUCUGGGUCUGGGUGAUGGGAGAAGCCCCGGGGGACAAACCCUACGAGCAGAUCUCGGAGGAGCUCAUAGCAGAGCGGGCCAGGCUGCAGGCACAGAAGGAGGCAGAAGAGCUAUGGAGACAAAAGGAAGCUGAAAUAACAAAGAAAUUCCGUGAUGCUAUGGCUCAAGAAAAAGCCAGAAUAGUGGCAGAAAAAUGGAAAAUAGAAAUGGAGGAUCGGAAAGCAGCCAAACUGGAGGAAGAAAAAAUUCAGGAGGAACUAAAGAAAAGAGAAGAAGAGGAAAGACAGAAAGGUGAGGAGCUGAUCAGGCAGCAGGAAGAAAUCCGGGCAAAGGAGCUGUACCUGAGCCUCAAGCAAGCUCAGCAGCACAGUCAGCACAGCGACGACGACCAGGAGUGGGAAGAACAGUUGCGCCGCUCCAAGGCUGCGGACGAGGAGAGGAGCCACAAAGCGCGCAGGGCGCGGGACGAGUACCGACGGCAGUCCCUGCGCGCCAUCCAGAAGGGAAGGGUGGCUGGCCUGAGCCAUUUGUUCCAGGGGACAAACCUGAGCAGCGAUCAGGACAUCAAACUGAACAACAACAGUGCGACUCCUUUGUCUCCUGCAGCGUCCAGUAACAUCUGGGAGCGCCCUGCUCGGCCCUUCUCCCGCGACGUCAUCAUCCGCUGGUUCAAGGAGGAGCAGAUCCCUCGGCGGGCUGGCUUUGAGAGGAGCACCAACAGGAUUGCUCAGUGGUUCCAUGGCAUUAUCAGCCGUCAGGAAGCAGAGGAGCUGUUGAUGAAUAAAUCUGAAGGCGCGUUCCUGGUGCGAGUCAGUGAGAAAAUCUGGGGCUACGCCUUGUCCUACCGCCAGCAGAACGGCUUCAAGCACUUCCUGGUGGAUGCUUCGGGGGAUUUCUACAGCUUCCUGGGGGUGGACCCAAACCGACACCCAACGCUCACAGACCUGAUUGAUUUUCACAAGGAAGAAAUCAUCACGUCCUCAGGUGGGGAGCUACUCCUGGAGCCAUGUGGACAGCAGAAGAAUCCACCAGACUACAGCCCUUUAUUUGAAUAACUGAUCCAGGACCAACAGGAAUGCAUUCUGGAUAGCUGUAGUAAUAGAUAGUUACAAAAGUAAACAAUGGGAGUAGUUAACCCACUUUCAAAGCCACUGGUCUUGUGGCCAAAAAGUAUCCUCAUUAGGAGGCCUAAAAUAUUUCUGGUUUGCAUCUGAAUUAUCAACAUCAUUAUUCAUACUGCUAGCACUUGAAAGGUGAGAACUUACCAGCAAAUUGCAAAAGAGGACUACUUCCAAAA